AUACCCAAUGGGACCAUGACCCCAGGGUCUACCGCCGUACAUCCCAGUAUACCCAAUGGGACCAUGACCCCAGGGUCUACCGCCGUACAUCCCAGUGUGACAGACUGUUUGUUCCUCUCUCUGGUUUGUUCCCUCAGAUACCCAAUGGGACCAUGACCCCAGGGUCUACCGCCACUGUGUGUUCCUCUCUCUCGUUUGUUCCCUCAGAUACCCAAUGGGACCAUGACCCCAGGGUCUACCGCCGUACAUCCCAGUGUGACAGACUGUGUGUGGACAUUGGCAGUCAUGUGGGCGAGACCCCCUCCCCAGAUGUCUCCCAUCAAUACACCCCCAAAUGUUUGUCUGCACACAAAGGAUGCACCACUCCUUGUCACCAUGGGGAAGAGGUUUGGCAGGAUGGCUCGAGCUUGAGGACCACCAUCCGAGCAGAGAAUGAAGUAGAGGCAAACAAACUGGCCAACAACUACAGGUUUGGCUUCAGAAAGUGGAAGAGUCACGUGACUGAGAGGCCCAUCGAGGACAGGUCGGACAUUGUGAGGGAGCUGUACUCAGAGCUGAACUUUGUCAGACCCCAAGGUUCAUUGAUCACUUGUGGAAACAUAGCAUACUUGAUUUUAUUUGGAUGGUGGAUCUCUUUAGCCUACCUCUUGGUCUGUGUCCUAAUGUUUCUGACCAUCAUUGGAGUUCCCUAUGGGAAGCUGUGUUGGAAGUUAUCAUGCUACUUUCUGUGGCCCUUUGGGAAGUCCAUACUAAAGCCCAGAAGCCUGGUCAGGCGAUGCUGUGUGAAGUUCCCUCACUGUGAGGCCAUCCCAGAGGAAUCUGACUCAAAGGAGGUGAAGGAGUCUACACCCCUGCUCAUGCCCCCUUCUGUCCCCAUCGAGGUCCCCCCACAACGGACGCGUUACUGGUGUCGUGUCAGUACCUAUGUGUGGUUGUUGCUAGGCUACCCUCUCCUGGGGCUGAUCCACAGCCUGGCCUGCUUCCUCUCCUGGAUCCUGGUCUUCACCAUCCCUGUGGCCAAGAUGAAUGCCCCCGCACCCUGGCCAUCAUCCUCCUCAUGCCCCCCUGAGGACGUCCACAUCCACCGGCUGAAAAAGCAACAAGGGUGUGAUAGCCAAGUGCUUCUCUGUUGCUACCACGCCUUCAACUGGUACUACUACAAAUACACCUUGGAUGGAAUCAAUGUGUUCGCUGUCAACCUGCUGCCCCUGGUCAUCACAACCCUGGUGGUCGGCUACGUGGACACAGAGAACCAGUUUGUCAGCUCGGAGGCCAAGUUCGGCGCUGCCGUCAGCUCCAUCAUCCCACUGUCCUAUUACAUUGGCAUGGGCAUCGCCAGUAUUUCAGCCCAGAGUAACACCCUGUCUCUCUGCAGUAUCUCAGCCCAUUUUGGCUCCAUCACAGAGAUGACCUUCUACAUCACUGCCCUGUUGAGGGGUCACAAGGCCGGCACCAAGUGCUAUGAGGAGAUCGUCAAAGCUGCUCUCACUGGAACCCUGCUGGGCUGUAUUCUCUUUAUCCCAGGUAUCAGCAUGAUCAUCGGGGGCUUUAAACACAGGGAGCAGAGGUUCAACAGCCGCUCUGCAGGGGUCAGCUCAGCCCUGCUCUUCAUAUCAGUAGGAG